AUGAUUUCACUAUCUUCUAUCUUCCGAGUUGCGGCCCUUGUUUCGUUGACGACAGCGACUUCUAUCACCCGUCGCCAGACAUCUGGUGGUGCGAUCGCGCAAGCGUUACUCUGCUCAGAUGACAAUCUGAGCAACAUCUGCCAAGCAUUUUUCCUCAGUGAUGGGCAGACUCAGAACUUCCCUGACCUCAACCGGGAGAUCGGGAUUUCGAGCAUCGGCGUCGUCCCUGAGGGCGGCGAUCGGUUCAACCGACAGAACGCCCGUUGCAUUUUCCGCAGUUCCAUCCUCGGUGGUGAGCUCUGCGUGAGCUCCGGCGAUUCGGUGGACGAGGCGACACUGAGCGAAAAUGCGCUGAACGACGUCAUCGACAGUGUCCAGUGCUUCGUGGGACGGUGCCCUGGCGAUCUGUGA